AUGUCACCCGGAAAUGCCAAGACCGCACCACUAGAGAAAGAGAUUGCCGACGAGCGAGUCCGACUGGACCUCGAAGAAGCUGUAUGGUGUGAUGAGCACCUCAAUGGUCUGAUGACGAGCUGCCUUGAAGAUUUCCCGGACGACAAUGAUUGGAAUUUACCAUUUACCGUGUCUGACAGAAUCAUCAAGGCUUAUAUUGUGUUCCACAAGCAGUACAACACUGAAUGGGACCCGACUGCUGUCACACGCCAAACACCUUAUGACAUCUGUGCCUUCAUUACCCACAAGUGUGGUGAGAAAGACAAGGGGUAUGAGGGCAAAAGGUUCUUGACUGCCAUUUCAACCCGUGCAGCCCUCAGUUACUGGUACCGGCACUGUCGGCCCAAUGAAAGUGUUACCGAGUGGUGCUGCAACAAAACUACUGGUGUGUGCCAUGGCCUCCCCACUCGAGCUCAAGCUGUGUCAGAAUUCAUGAUCGGGCUAGAGAAGAUGAAGGCCAGGUCUGGUGAGGUAUCACAGUCUGCACGUGCCCUUCUACGUGAAGACAUGCACCGCCUCAAUGACUACUGCAUGAAUGCUACUCGUAUGCCUGAGGAGCGAAGGUGGGGAGUUGUUCACUAUGAGGUGGUCACCCUUGAAUUUUCGAGUGUUGAGAUCGUUCCAGGCGAGCGAGCAUAUGUCGAGAUUCGCCUCAAGACCCAUAAAUCUGCACAGACUGGUGUCCUGCACACUUGGCGCCUAUGGGCAAAUGAUGCCGAUCCGAGACUUUGCCCUGUGCGAGCUCUUAUCCAGAUUGCAUGCCUCUAUGGUUCUCAUGUGCCACCGAGGGGUCCCCUCUUCUUGCGCAUUGGGAAGUUUGGUGACAUCAUGCAUGAUCAGCCUGUGGUAGGUGCCACUCAACUGUGA